AUGAGAGCUAUAGUAACAGGAAGUUCAAGAGGUUUGGGUAAAGCCAUUUCUCAAAGACUCGCUCAUGAAGGCUAUCAAUUGUCUCUCAUAUCUAGAGAUGGGUCGAUGUUACAGUCAAAUAUUUCCCAGCUACCCAAUAGUAAUCUACAUAAAGUCAUACCAUUCGAUUUGAUAAACGAUGAUUUGAACACAUUAGGCCCAGAAUUUGAAGGAUGCUCGGUUUUAAUCAAUUGUGCUGGGAUGACCAACUAUCUGUUGUUGGCCCGUACCGAUAUCAAAGAAAUAGAAGACACAAUACGAUUGAAUUUAACCGUGCCAAUAAUACUAUCCAAAUUAGCUUACAAACCAAUGAUGAAGAAUAAGUCGACUAAAAUACCAGUGAUAAUAAAUAUCAGUUCCAUAUUAUCACUACCAGAAUACAAACUUCCGGGAACUUCAGUUUACAGUGCACUGAAAUCUGGUUUGGAUGCUUUCACUACUUCCUUGUCAAAUGAGUUCAAAGGUAAAGUACGAGUGAAUUCGAUCUUACCUGGACUUAUUAGGGGGACUGACAUGGGUGCAAAAGUGAAACUGGAUAUUGAAUCUGUGGAUAUGGAGAAAGUUGUGGAGAAAGUUAUUGAUGUGAUCACGAACAAUUCAAAUGGUGAAACUUUAGUAGUCAAAUAG